AUGUCCGGGCGGCUCCGGGGCUGCGGGGUCGGCGCCCUCCUCGCGCUGCUGCUGCUGCUGCUCGGACCGCCGGCGACGCCGGGCAUCACGUGCCCAGCUCCCACAUCUGUGAAACAUGCAGACAUCCGAGUCAAGAGUUACAACCUCAACUCCAGGGAGCGGUAUGUUUGUAACUCUGGCUUCAAGCGUAAAGCCGGGACCUCCAGCCUGACCGAGUGCAUGUUUAACAAGACUGUGAACAUCGCCCACUGGACCACUCCCAAUCUCAAGUGCAUCAGAGACCCCUCCCUGACUCACCAAACGCCACCCUCCACAGCAGCACCGACAGGGGUGACCCCAGAGCCAGACAGCCCCAACCCUUCUGGAAAAGAGCCAGCUUUUACUUCCAAGUUAGACACCACAGUGGCCACAAGGCUGGCUACCGGACCAGGCUCCAGGCUGAUGCCAUCCAAAGCUCCUUCUGCGGGGACCACAGGAGUAGUCAAUAAUGAGCCCUCCCAAGUCCCAGCUCAGACAACAGCCAACGCUCCGGAACACACCCCCUCGGCCUCGCAGGACCCGCCCGGUGCAUAUCAGUACAAUCCCAGAGCUGUGACUGGUCCCAACCCAUCAACCACCUGUGUCUUCCCUAGCUCAUCUUUGCUGUUAUUUGCCACUCCAGAUUUCCUAGUCCCCUCCCUGACACCUCACCUCUUCCAGCCUCGCUUCCUGAGACUCGUCCACGUGGAUGGUGUCCGUUUCUCCACCUCCCACUCGUGUUCUCGAAGUUUAUCACCCGGCACAGAGAUGAAGUCAGGAGUUACAUACGGUCCCCUACCAGAAAGCACCUCACCUCCCCUCCCAAAAGGAAAGCAUUUCAAAACCUUGUAGCUGAUUGUUUGGGUGUGUAUCUCUGGAUCUGCAAGUAAUAAGCUCCCAGUGACUUCUAUUUUUAGGUUUCAGGCAUCAUAACCGACUUCCUACUGUGGAAGAGGAAGAUGGAGCCUCCCCUUCUCACCACCAUUACACACCUCCCUGCCGACAGGCCCGUGUGGACACUAUUAAUACUAUGAAGAUUAUGUGCAGCUGAGCGGUAAACCAUGGUCAC